UCCAAUUUCCAACUGCUUCUUCCCUCGCUGUUUUCCGAAUUCAUUUCAAAUUCCCCGCAAAACCAAAAUUUCCUUUCAUAAUCAAAACUAAAUCCUUAUUAACACCACCAACCUUCACUCCAAAUUACAAACAUCCCCACCAUGGAUUUCGCCGCAAACCUCACCGAUCUUCCUCCAAACAAAAGACACAGAUUCAUUCAACAAACUCAACAACAACAACAUAGUCCAUGUUCACCUUUACCCACCAAAAAACGUAAAGAAUCUCGAAACUCUUCACUUUUUCACACCCCACCUUCAACACCAUCACCCUCUAUCUAUUCUCUACCCACCAAAAAACGAGUUUCCGCUCUUCAACCCCACUUUUACCACCACCACACCACCACAAACGACGCCGUUCUCCACCCUCUCAUAGAUCUCAAUGUCGAGUACAACCCAGCUCUCCACUCACCCAUCCCAGCCGACAAAAAACCUCAACAGGAACAAACACAAGACACUAACAACAACAACAGCAAAGAAGUUCUCGCUGAAGAGGAUGGGAUUUUAUGCUGUGUGUGUCAGAGCACCGACGCUAACUCCGAAGAUCCAAUAGUGUUUUGCGACGGUUGUAACCUAAUGGUCCACGCUUCCUGCUAUGGAAACCCACUAGCAAAACAAAUCCCAGAGGGUGAUUGGUUCUGCGAACGGUGUCGUUUUACAAGCACCGAUCCAAUACGUUGCUGUCUCUGUCCAACAAAAGAAGGGGCUAUGAAGCAAACGAUAGACGGAAAGUGGGCACACGUGGUGUGUGCUUUACUUGUUCCUGAAGUGUAUUUUGUUGAUCCAGAAGGGAGAGAAAAGAUUGACUGUUCUAAGGUUCCGAAGAAGAGAUGGUUGGAGAAAUGCUAUGUAUGUGGGCGCUGUGACGGGUGUGCUUUGGUUUGUUCUGAACAAAAGUGUGGUUUGGGUUUUCAUAUUACUUGUGGGAUUAAAGAGGAUGUUUGUAUUGAGUAUAAAGAAGGGAAGAAAGGUGCUACUGUUGUUGCUGGGUUUUGCAUAACCCAUUCUCAGAUAUGGGAAAAGAACAAGGGAUCUGGGAAAUACAAGAUUGUUGCAGCUGAAGAUAAAUAGUAUCAGGAUUGUUCUUUGAGUUUUUCAAUUCUGGUAAUCUGUUUUAGGAAAUUUUACUGUUGGUUAGCAUAGGAGUUCAUUUAAGCCUGUUUUAGAUUUUGCUUAUGCUUUUUUUGGGUUGAGUCUUGUUUGUCAUCAAUGUUGUGUUACUGGACCUGGAAUGGAACAGUAGUUAUUGAAUUGUGAUCCACUUUUCUAAAUCAACAAAAAUAAUGUAGAUCAUGGCAUUAGGCCAUAAUAUCAUACUCGGAUUUAUGAUGA